UUCUUCGCAGCCUUUGAAAACAAAACCUUUUCCUUUUACCAGAAAACCCUAGAAAUCAGCUUGCUGUAAUCGGUAACUCAUUACUUGUAUUCUUCUCUGUUGAUGAUAAAUUGUUAGAAUGUCCUCGUUGGGUAGAGAAUUGGUGUUUCUCAUACUCCAAUUUCUGGAGGAAGAGAAAUUUAAGGAAUCUGUGCACAGGCUUGAGCAGGAAUCUGGGUUUUUUUUCAAUGUCAAAUAUUUUGAGGAGAAAGUUCAUGCUGGUGAAUGGGAUGAAGUUGAGAAAUAUCUGGCUGGAUAUACCAAGGUUGAUGAUAACAGAUACUCGAUGAAGAUUUUUUUUGAAAUUAGGAAGCAAAAGUAUCUUGAAGCUCUUGAUAGGCAAGACAAGGCGAAGGCAGUUGAGAUACUGGUAAAUGAUUUGAAAGUCUUCUCAACAUUCAAUGAAGAUUUGUAUAAGGAAAUCACACAGCUAUUGACGCUUGUAAAUUUCAGGGAAAAUGAGCAGCUAUCCAAAUAUGGUGAUACUAAAACAGCUCGUAGCAUUAUGUUGAUCGAGCUUAAAAAGCUAAUAGAAGCAAACCCUCUUUUCCGCGAGAAGCUUGUAUUUCCUACCUUGAAAUCAUCGAGAUUGCGUACUCUAAUUAACCAAAGUUUGAAUUGGCAGCACCAGCUGUGUAAGAAUCCAAGGCCAAACCCAGAUAUUAAGACUCUUUUCACCGACCAUUCAUGUACACCUCCAAAUGGCGCCCUUGCACCCACACCUGUCAAUCUUCCACCUGCUGCAGUCACAAAAUCUGCUGCUUAUUCAUCGCUCGGAGCUCAUGGUCCUUUUCCGACUGUGGCAGCCACUGCAAAUGCCAAUGCUUUAGCAGGUUGGAUGGCAAAUGCUGCUGCUUCUUCUUCGUCGGUCCAGGCAGCUGUUGUUACUGCAUCGUCCUUACCUGGUCCACCAAAUCAAGUUUCCAUUUUAAAACGUCCUAUAACACCUCCUACUACACUGGGUAUUGCUGACUAUCAGAACAAUGAGCAUGAGCAAUUGAUGAAACGUUUGCGCCCUGCACAGCCUGUUGAGGAGCAUGCUGGUGCACCGCCUCAGGUUACAUAUCCGAUUAUGAGACAAGUUUCCUGGUCUGUGGACGACCUGCCAAGAACAGUAGCCUUUAGCAUGCAUCAAGAAUCCAUUGUCACAACCAUGGAUUUUCAUCCUUCUCACCAAACAUUGCUUCUAGUUGGAUCUGCUAAUGGUGAAAUCACACUAUGGGAUGUUGGGCUGCGCGAGAAACUGGCAUCAAAGUUAUUCAAGAUUUGGGACAUGUCAGCUUGUUCCUUAGCCUUUCAGGCUUCUUUCAAGGAUACACCCAUAUCUGUGAACCGUGUUAUGUGGAGUCCAGAUGGAAACUUUUUUGGCUCUGCAUUUAGUAAACAUUUGAUCCAUUUGUAUGCUUACACUGCACCAAAUGAUAUUCGUCACCAUUUGGAGAUUGAUGCCCAUGUUGGAGGAGUAAAUGACUUGGCCUUUGCUCAUCCAAACAAACAGCUGUGUGUUGUUACUUGUGGGGAUGAUAAGUUAAUAAAGGUAUGGGAUUUAACUGGCCGAAAAUUAUUUAAUUUUGAAGGACAUGAAGCACCGGUUUACUCUUUAUGCCCUCACCAAAAAGAGAAUAUCCAGUUCAUUUUCUCAACUGCAACUGACGGGAAGAUCAAGGCAUGGUUGUAUGACAACGUGGGAUCUAGAGUUGACUAUGAUGCUCCUGGUCAUGGCUGCACGACUAUGCUAUACAGUGCUGAUGGCAGUCGGUUGUUUUCUUCUGGAACUAGUAAAGAAGGGGAUUCUUUUCUCGUUGAAUGGAAUGAAAGUGAAGGAGCCUUGAAGAGGACAUAUGCUGGGUUCAGAAAAAAAUCUGCUGGUGUUGUACAGUUUGACUCAACUCGGAACCACUUUUUGGCUGUUGGUGAAGAAAACCAAAUUAAGUUUUGGGACAUGGAUAAUCCUAAUAUUGUUGCAAUCACAGAUGCUGAUGGUGGACUUCCGAGUCUUCCUCGCUUGAGAUUCAACAAAGAAGGAAAUCUUCUUGCUGUCACUACUUCUGACAAUGGGAUCAAGAUUCUUGCAAAUGCUGCUGGUCUCAGGUCUUUAAGAGCAACUGAAGCUCCAUCGUUUGAAGCACUAAAAUCCUCCAUUGAACCUGCUGCAAUUAAGAUUUCUAGCUCUUCGGCUAUUAAUAAUGCUAGUCCAUUUAAUUGCAAAGUGGAGAAAAGCUCACCUGCCAGACCUUCCAGCGUUCUUAACGGUACUGAUUCUGUGGGUAGAAACAUGGAAAAACCAAGGAGUCUUGAUGAUGUAACUGAUAGGACGAAACCCUGGCAGUUGACUGAAAUUUUAGAUGCUGCACAGUGUCGGCUGGUUACCAUCCCAGACAGCACAGAAGUCUCGAACAAGGUUUCUCGACUUCUUUAUACAAAUUCCGGGGUAGGCAUUCUAGCUCUCGGAUCAAAUGGUACUCAAAGGCUGUGGAAGUGGGCCCGCAAUGAACAAAAUCCAACCGGAAAGGCCACUGCCAAUGUUAUUCCACAGCAUUGGCAACCAAACAGUGGUCUUCUUAUGACUAAUGAUGUGUCAGGUGUCAACCUUGAAGAAGUAGUUCCGUGCAUAGCUUUGUCAAAAAAUGAUUCAUAUGUGAUGUCUGCUUCAGGUGGAAAGGUUUCAUUGUUCAAUAUGAUGACAUUCAAGGUUAUGACAACAUUCAUGCCGCCGCCUCCUGCUUCAACCUUCCUAGCAUUUCAUCCUCAAGAUAACAAUGUCAUAGCCAUUGGAAUGGAGGAUUCAACAAUACACAUAUAUAAUGUUAGGGUGGAUGAGGUAAAAUCAAAGCUGAGAGGUCACCAGAAGAGGAUAACUGGCUUAGCUUUUUCUACCAGUUUAAACAUAUUGGUUUCAUCUGCUGCUGAUGCUCAACUUUGUUUUUGGAGCAUUGAUUCAUGGGAGAAGAGGAAGUUGGUUCCGAUACAACUGCCUCCUGGUAGCCUCUCUUCUGCUGAAACACGUGUGCAGUUCCAUUCUGAUCAGAUUCGCUUGCUGGUAUCCCAUGAAACACAACUGGCACUGUAUGAUGCCUCCAAGAUGGAAUGCAUAUGUCAGUGGGUCCCUCAGGACAACCUUACAGCUCCUAUAUCUUAUGCUAUGUACUCCUGCAACAGUCAACUAGUUUAUGCAUCCUUUUGCGAUGGCAACAUUGGUAUCUUCGAUGCAGAUAACUUAAAACUGAGAUGUCGCAUUGCCCCAUCUGUCUACCAACCAUCCGUAUCAAAUAGAACCCAAGGUCCAGCUGCAUACCCAGCUGUAGUUGCUGCACAUCCACAAGAACCGAAUCAGUUUGCAUUAGGACUAACAGACGGAUCUGUUAAAGUAAUAGAACCAUUAGAUCCACAAGGAAAAUGGGGUGUUGACUCUGCACCAUCGGAUCAAGUUCAAAGAUGACUGAUAGAUUAUACAUAUCUGAUAUGAUAAAAUUGGGUUGGAAGUAGAGUAGGUAUGCUUCUUCUUCCUUUUAUUCUUUAACAAAAUCCCAAAUGUGAUAGUGAAUGCAACAAUGGUAGCUAGCUUUUGAACAUGUAUAUAGUCUAAGAUGGAUUUCUAUGAGAACAAAUCGCGAGUUGUCAUCCUUGCAUAUAUA